GCCGCUUGCCGUUGGACACUGGCACUCUAAGUCGUUUCUUAUGUGUAGAUUUCGACCGGACGGACGGCCAGAGCAUUAUUGACCCGGCUGGGUUCGAGCAGCUCUGCCAGGACCUGGAGUUCGACAUGGAGGGCGUGCUGCCGAUUGUGCUGCUGUGGAAGUUUAACGCAGCCAAGAUGGGUGAGAUUACCUUCAGCGAGUGGGAUGCUGGUCUGCGUGGCAUGCAGGCAAACACGCUGGCGCAGCUCAAGAGUGCCGUAGAACAUGCACAGGCAGGGUUUGCCACCGACACCGCCUCGUACCGGGCGUUCUACAGGAAGGUUUUCGAGUACCUGAAGACGGACGGACAAAAAUCGGUCCAGAAGGAGAAUGCGCUAAUCGGGCUGCACCUCAUUGCGGCCCACAUCCCAGUGGUGGCAAAGUUUGUCGGGUUCCUGGGUGACGAAGCAUGCAAGACCAAGGUUAUCAACAAGGACCAGUGGUCGUCGCUGCUAGAGCUGUCGCGAGGCUUGAGGCCAGACAUGUCCAACUAUGAAGACGACGGCGCGUGGCCCUGUGCUCUUUGACGACUUUGUCGUAUGGGCCAAGGCAAACUAGAAGCUUCGGUCUUUUUGUAAACAUCUCUCGAAAAGA